ACGGUUGCCAAGAAGUGAAGAAGAAUUCCAUAGGGGAGUGGCUCUUUCGUUUUCCCGUCGAGAAAUUCUGAUUCUCACUUUCUUCCGACUAUCAUUUCACUGAUUCACCACAAUUACAGCGCCAAUGGUCACUCUGGCUUCUGCUUAUUUAUCAUCAUCCCCUUCCAAUUUCUCUUCUCUCAACCUUCUUCGCCUCUCCAAACCCCCUUUCACCUUCUCAACUUCACUCUCCAAUCUCAAACCCUUAAAUCCCUCCCACAAAUCAGCUUCUAAUCAGAGGAGGACGACCCGAAAUGGGAUUUGUCGGGCGGAAUUAGGGAACGACGCGCCUUUCGCUAUUGCGAUCGGGGCUUGCAUUCUCAGUUCUCUUGUUCUUCCACCAGCUGGCGGUGGUUCCGAUGAUGAUAGCGAUGCCGUUAUGGAUUCCACCGAUGCUAGGCUCGCUGUCAUGGGCAUCAUUAGCUUUAUCCCCUACUUCAACUGGCUGAGUUGGGUUUUUGCGUGGCUUGAUUCUGGGAAAAGACGUUAUGCUGUGUAUGCUAUCGUGUAUUUGGCUCCUUAUCUAAGGUCAAAUUUAUCGUUGUCACCCGAUGAGAGUUGGCUUCCUAUUGUCAGUAUACUUAUCUGCAUAGCUCACAUUCAGGUUGAAGCAAGCAUUAAAAAUGGAGACAUUCAACCCUUCCAAAUAUUCGGUAAGGCGUCCAAUCAAAUUUCUCCGACGGAGAUAGGGAGAGGCCAUUUGAAGGGGUUCAAAGGACCAACCAAAAAGAGUGGCAAGAAAAGGGAUAUGAAGCUUCCAUCUGCUGAAGAACAAUUGAGAGAUGAGAUUAGAGGAUGGGGAGAUUAUAAAGAGACAUUAGAUCAUGAACAAUCCAAUGAAGAAUGGGAUGACGAACAGAGGAGAAAACGUUAGGACAUAGUUCUUUCUUGAAGUUGAAUUAUACAGAAUGAUAGUUCUAAACAUGUUUAUUACAUACAGAAUGAAGUCACUUGCAACCAUUUCCAUGGAGCUUACAUAUUCUUACAACUGCUGUAAUUGUUCUGCAAAACUUAGCCUUCUGUUCUUAUUCUCACUUAGUUUACUCUUCUUUUGCCAGAUAACAAGCUUGAUAUUGAAACUUCUGUAGCAAACAUCACAAGGAACUAUAAAUACAGGAUUGAGUAUGGUAGUUUAA